UUAAACUAUUAUCUGUUAGUUAUUGUUAUUUUGCAGUAAAUAUGAUUAAUAAUAAUGUAUUAAAAUAGAUAUUUUAUAUUAAAUUACCAACUGAAAAAAAAUGACAUCUUAAUAGAUUGGUAACUGUCAAAUAUAAAAGAAAUGGCUGCGUGCUCAUCCGGUAAACCAAUCAAAGUUGUUAUUUCAGCUUCACAUUCAACAAAAAUGUUGAGGACGUUUUUGUUCGUGUUCAGUGGAAGCUCUGUUAUUUGCAUUAAGCUUUUUGUACUUAUAAGUGGGGAGGGUUAGUACUAUUAGCAUUUUGUUUCAAGAGAACAUAGUUUAUUAAAGUGAUACACUAGCAAGAACAACAGCACGGCUCUUGAAACUGUAAAAAAUUAAACAAUAUUCCAUUUUUUAAUAGUCAAGGUAUGGUUGUGGCUGCAAAAUGAAAAUAUUAUAUCAAAGUUUGGAAUAUUUUUGCUGUUGCUUUAUAUUUUCUUGCAUUUUAAACGGUGGGAUAACUCAUGGACAAUACAGCGAUGAAGACGAAGAUGUUACCGGCCCCUGCGCCGAUUUUAAACCUGGCGAUGAAGAUUUACAAACCUACGAUUUCAUACGGAAAUUCCGCUUGGAUCUACUCAACUCGACAAAUUCAGGGAUUGCGCGUGUUAGGGGUUCCAACCGCUUCCAAACAGCAUACAGAUUGAAUGCGAAUGCUGAUCUUACACUUUCUACAAGAAAUGUAUUUCCACAAGGUUUACCCGAGCAGUUUUCGUUCAUCUGUACUUUCCGCAAUCGUCGUGUAAUUAAUUCAACGUGGCAUUUGUUGCGUAUCACUGACGUGGAGCAACGGCCGCAGUUUGUUAUCGCGAUGAAUGCUGAUCAAGCAUCUAUCGAUUUUGUUAUUACCAAUUAUGAAGGACGAAUUCAAACUGUUCAUUUCCCGCAUGCGAAUGUGUUUGAUAAAAACUGGCAUAAAAUCCACUUUGGUGUUACGCGUUUAAAUGUAACACUUUUCGUGGAUUGUAAGUUGAUUGCUACGAAAACACUCGACCCACGUGGUCCUAUUGAUACAAAUGGUGAGAUAUCCGUGGCAAAGUUAGCAAAUAGUAAAAUUACAAAUCCGGUAAAAAUUGUUGGGUACCAGAAACAUCAUGUUAUUGAUUUGCAGUGGAUGUUGAUGAGUUGUGAUCCUUCCAAACCACACAGAGAGAAAUGUUCUGAGAUACCCUAUAUUGCACAAGCUGUGGCACCAGAGUUACACUUCGGUCUUCCACCAGUACCGGUAAUAAAUGUCCCACAAAAAGGCGAGAGGGGAAUGCCAGGGUUGCCUGGAUUAUCAGGACAACCUGGUAUACCCGGUGCGGAAGGUUAUCCAGGCAUGAAAGGAGAAAAGGGUGAUCAAGGUGAACGUGGACUAAGAGGUGAACAGGGUGCCACUGGGUUUCCAGGAACUGAUGGAUCUGAUGGACAUCCUGGUCUAAGAGGACCACCUGGUGUUCCUGGAUUGGCAGGCCCACCAGGUCCAGUUGUGACCACAAGUGGAGGGUCUGUAUUGCAAGGACAAAAAGGAGAAGCAGGACAGGCGGGUAGAGAUGGUUCCAGAGGAGAACCGGGAUUACCUGGUCUCCCUGGUCUUAAAGGUGAAAGAGGUUUACAAGGUUUACCAGGUUUACCAGGUGCUAUUGGCCCGAGAGGAUUCCCUGGUCAAGACGGUAUACCAGGAACAGCAGGACGUGAUGGCGCGCCAGGUCUACCAGGUACCCCAGGCGAGCCUGGAACGCAAAAUUUAGUUGCGAUAGAUUCGGGAAGUUAUGCACAUGGUGUUCAAGGACCUAGGGGAUAUCCAGGCCCAACUGGAUUGUCAGGAGAAAGGGGACCAGCUGGAGAAAUGGGUCCUCCCGGUCCAUCGGGUUUUCCAGGUAUGCCUGGAAAAGAUGGCCCACAAGGUGUUCCAGGACCUCCGGGACAAAAUGGUCAGCCUGGUUUACCAGGUCUUCCAGGACCAUCUGGUCGAUCUGUUGGUGAUGCAGACAUUAGAGAGAUAUGUCUGGUUGUUUUAAGAGAACAACUAGGUGAUAUUGUGGCGACAUUGCAGGGUCCGCCGGGUCCACCGGGCAUAUCAAAACCCGGCCGGCCCGGCCCACCCGGCGUCCAAGGUCCUCCAGGUGCACCAGGACCAGUUGGUAUACCCGGCGAUCGUGGAUUUGUAGGCAUGCCGGGUGUGUCAGGACCAAUGGGACCUCAAGGACCACCAGGAGAACGCGGUGACAAGGGUGAAAAAGGCACUGAGGGAGUAGGACGUGAAGGACCAAUCGGCCCGAGGGGAUAUCAAGGACCACAGGGUCCACCUGGCGAAGGAUUACCCGGAAGGGCAGGCGACAGGGGCGAAACAGGUAAACCAGGCCAACCUGGCAUUCGCGGUGAACCAGGACCGGUUGGCCCGGCGGGUAGAUGUGAGUUUUGCGAUAGUUACGCGCAAAGCUACCAGAUGGCGUACGCUAGAGCCGUGCAAGGUAACAAUAAAGGUCCGCUAGCUGUCAGAAAGUAACCACAAUUAUAUAAUGACAAUAUUAGUCUAUUAGAGUAUCACGAUAUUAAUAAUAACAGUAGAAAUGGCGCUUAAACACUUUCAUAAUAAAAAUACAAUAUACAAUAAUCACGCUAGCACACAAAUAUAUAAAAUUAAAAUACAAACUGGUUAUGUUUGCGCAAUCGCAGCGGUGAACGCCUUCAGCCUAGCGCUCCGCAACCCUGUAUACAAAGCAAUGCGCUGGUGCUUGUCUUGUGAGUACAACUUACGAACAUACUGAUGUUUCGAAGUCACUGCACGCUGCACCAUUACCGCGAAACGCAUCACUGUAGACGCAAUGUCCGAAUAUUUAUACCCCGAAUAAUACAUUAAAAUAUUCGACCAGC